AUGAGAUUAUCCUUCGUAAUUUGUAUUACAGUGUAUUCUGUAAUCGGUAUCAUUUCAGUGACGAAGAUUGAUGCACAGACGACUACUACUAAAAAACCACCUGCCCCAUCAGAAUGGAGUGAAUGGGAAACCGAGUUUGAAUACGAAGCAGAAAGAGAGAAAAGCAAAAGAAAAUCAUCAACUGAAGAACCAGAAGAAGAAAUCACGAAAAAAGGAGGCAAAACUGAUCCGAAAACGAAAACAGAAAUUGAGACCAUAGAAGAAAUUACGAAGAGAGGUGGAAGAGGUCCGAGGACGAGAACUGAAAUAGAGACGAUUGAAGAAAUCGAGAAGAAGAAAGGUGGAACAAUCCCAAAAAAGACAGUAGAAAUAGAAACAAUAGAAGAGACUAAGAAAAGAGAUGGUGGAACAGUCCCGAGAAAGACAAUAGAAAUAGGUAGUAACCUAUCAAUUGGUAAAAUUUUUGAAGCUUAUUAUGUUCAUUAA